AUGGCCGUAAGUUGCGUAACAACAUCUCCAGAGGAAGAAGACAGACCAAAACUAGACCUUGGAACUAUCCAUACACCAUUAAUCUUCAAUCCUUCAGUGCUUAACCUCCAACACAACAUUCCAAGCCAAUUCAUUUGGCCAGACGACGAGAAACCUUCCAUCGACGCUCCCGAGCUUGAUGUUCCCCUCAUCGACCUCCAAAAAUUUCUCUCCCAUAGCCACUCAUCUUCUUUUUCUUCUUCUCCCUUCUCCUCCUCCUCCUCCUCCACUUUAGAAGCUACAAGACUCAUCUCCGAGGCCUGUACCAAGCACGGCUUCUUCCUCGUGGUCAAUCACGGCAUCAGCGAGGAGCUUAUAUCAGACGCUCAUGCCUACAUGUCCCGCUUCUUCGACAUGCCACUCUCCGAGAAACAGAGGAUUCUGAGAAAAUCCGGCGAGAGUUGUGGCUACGCAAGCAGUUUCACCGGCCGCUUCUCCACCAAGCUUCCAUGGAAGGAGACCCUUUCUUUCCGGUUUUGCGACGACAAGAACCGCUCAAACACCGUUCAAGAUUACUUCUGCGAUGCCUUGGGACAUGAGUUUGAGCCAUUUGGGAAGGUGUAUCAAGAGUACUGUGAGGCAAUGAGUUCUUUGUCACUGAAGAUCAUGGAGCUUCUGGGGCUAAGUCUAGGCGUAAACCGAGACUACUUCAGAGAGUUUUUCGAAGAGAACGAUUCGAUCAUGAGACUCAAUUACUACCCUCCAUGUCAGAAGCCAGAUCUCACAUUAGGAACAGGACCUCAUUGUGAUCCAACUUCUCUUACCAUCCUUCACCAAGACCAUGUUAAUGGCCUUCAAGUCUUUGUCGAAAAUCAGUGGCGCUCCAUUCCUCCAAAUCCCAAGGCCUUUGUGGUCAAUAUCGGUGAUACUUUCAUGGCUCUAUCGAACAACAGAUACAAGAGCUGCUUGCACAGGGCGGUGGUGAACAGAGAAAGCGAGAGGAAGUCACUUGCAUUUUUCUUGUGUCCCAAGAAAGACAGAGUAGUGAAGCCACCAAGUGAGCUUUUGGACAGCAUCACACCAAGGAGAUACCCUGACUUCACCUGGUCUAUGUUACUUGAGUUCACUCAGAAACACUAUAGAGCAGACAUGAACACUCUCCAAGCCUUUUCAGAUUGGCUAAUCACCAACAAACCCUUGUAA